CGCAAGGAUCCUCCACAUCCGGCGCAGCCCUGCGGGUGCGGAGCUUGCCACCAUGUCGCUGUGCGAGCGAGCGGCUGGCGGGAGCGCUCUGCUCUGGCCUCGCGUGUUGCUCUUCGGGGACUCCAUCACACAGUUUUCUUUCCAGCAGGGUGGAUGGGGCACAUUGCUGGCUGACAGACUAGUCAGAAAGUGUGACGUUCUGAAUCGUGGAUUUUCAGGUUACAACACCAGAUGGGCCAAGAUUAUCCUCCCGAGACUAAUCAGGAAAGGGCCUGGAAUGGAAAACCCAGUGGCAGUUACAAUUUUCUUUGGUGCCAAUGACUCUUCACUCAAAGAUGAGAACCCCAAGCAGCAUGUGCCCUUGGAUGAGUACAGCGCAAACUUGAGGGACAUGGUGCAGUACCUGAGGUCUGUGGACAUCCCCAAGGAGAGAGUCAUUCUGAUCACACCACCCCCACUCUGCGAAGCAGCCUGGGAAAAGGAAUGCAUCCUGAAGGGUUGCAAAUUAAACCGCCUGAACUCAGCUGUGGGUGAAUAUGCAAAUGCAUGUCUACAAGUAGCCAGAGAGUGUGGGACUGAUGUCCUUGACCUGUGGACCCUGAUGCAGAAGGACAACCAGGACUUCUCAUCCUACUUAUCAGAUGGCCUGCACUUAUCACCAAUGGGAAAUGAGUUUCUGUUCUUACACCUCUGGCCGCUGCUGGACAAGAAGGUCUCCUCUCUGCCAUGGCUGCUCCCUUACUGGAAGGAUGUGGAGGAAGCAAAGCCUGAGCAGAGUCUGCUGGGAGAUGGAGACCAUUAGCCUAGGAGCCGUUUCCAAGAAUGAGUGGCUCAUACCACUCACAUAUACCACCUCACAAACAUACCAUGUACAUGUGCAUAACUCUGUUAAUAAUUUACAAACAUCAAGAGAUUUAUUAAAUGGUUUUUUUCCAGGCUUAACUUCUGUUCAUGAUUAUUGAUCAAAAAACCUAACUUGUUUUCAAGGAAAUGUUAUAUACUUAAUACAUUGCUUUGAUAUUUCAGUAUUUAUUAACUGAAGCAGAUAUCAUCAAUGCCACAGCUAUAGAAUAUACCCUGAGCAUCUUAUUAAUUCUGUACAUGGCAAAAACAAAAAAUACAAUUAAGACAAUUUUGGUUUAAAAAGUCACAAUUUUAUAAAAAUGGUUUUCUUAUAUUCUGCCAACUAUCUCAUUCAUACAUACACCCACACACCCCAUUCACCUUAUAGCAAAUCCUCAAAGUGUAUCUAUGAGACUAUCAUGACUACUAAAAAGAGCAAAUACCACAAGGUAUGUUCAAGUAUUAGUGUAACAGACGUCCUCAGGAGAGACAAGGCGCAAGCUUGCUUAACUCCUCAGAGUUUACAAGUUAUCUUGGUUAAAAUGUGUCAGCUGGUAAGCACACUGCAAUUCUUAGAAGAAAAGAGCUUUUAUAACUAGAAUUUACAGAAAUUAGAAUUCAGGCUAAUGGUAUUUAUUCCUCACACAGUAAGUCCAGAGCAUCCUGAAGCACCAAGUCUCUUCAUUGCCAGCCCAGUACAUCCAGGCCUGCCCAGAAGAGGUUCUGGCAGGAGCGCCUGCUCACCAUUCAGCUCAUUCUGGGAAGCAUUAUAGGUUUUGUGGAUAUUGCCACUUCUUACAGCACUUGGCUUUUUAAAAAUUUUAUGCGUGUGA